UUUGGCUCGAGCCUCAAAGGCGCCCCCCUUCCCCUUGCCCUCCUCCCCCCCCUCCCUCCACUAUCCGCGCGAGCCCAGGGGCCGCUGCGGGUCGCAGCCAUGCAGUCCGGCACUUCGAAGACCAUCCGGUCGGGGAACCCGACGGCCGGGUCUUCCAAGAGCAACAGGCUCGUGACUGGGCAGACGCAGAACUCGCGCACCGUCACGGGCACCAAAGGUGGCAACAGCAGUGGCGGGGGCGGUGGCACCACAAUCCGCGUCGAGUGCAACGGCAGAGACAUGACGCCGAAGAGCCUGGUGCCUUCCCACUACCAGACCCACAAGGCCGACGCCGCUGGCGCGGCAGGGCAGCCCGGCGACGCUCCGGGCGCGGGCGGCGGCGGGGCCCCGGCGGCCGCCGCGGGCCUCGGCGCCGCGGGCGGCGAGGAUGCGCCUCCUCCGCAGGCGCCACCGCCAUUCGAGAGGACUCGCGUGCCGAAGCCCGCGCCGGUGCCCAAGGAGGAGCUGGAGCACAACAUCGACAUCGUGCUCGGGGAGACCGAGACGGACACGCUCCUGUUCUUCCCGUCGCUGUGCGUGGCGCUCGACAACCCGCACUCUGCCUCCGUGUCCGCCAGGAACAAGGCCUACGAUGAGCUGUGUGCAUCGAAGGCAGAGAGCGAUCAGUACAAAGAGCAGCACGCACAGACGCUCAACCACGCGCACAAGAGCAAGGAGGUGUUCGCCGCGCCUCCAACGCAGGAGAGCGUCGAAGUGAAUGCCAACGGGUGGGACAUCUACGACACGUUCGCUAUGGACACUGUGCCUAAGCACGUUCUCAUCCAGCAGGCAUGUGACCGGGAGUCCGCGCUGACCGUGUCUGAGGCAGUCAAAAAGCCAGGGUGCCUCUUCACGAUGAACGAACCUUACCCAUCCAGCGACGGCGGGAAGGAGCCCCCCAAGAGGAAGGACGACCAGAAGAGCUCAAGGAAGCGUGGCCUCACGGGGGGCGUCUCCGACAUGUGUCCCAUUCGGGGACCACCGCCGCCGCGUCCUCCAGGCCGCUGGGCGGCGGGACCACCAACUCUGGCACGCUCGAUGCCGGCCACACCGGCCAGUCGGGGCAGGCCCCCGCUGCAGAAGACCAGAGGGUCGCCGCCGGCACGACCCAGGC